UGAGGACACGUCGCCCACGAUGUUUCCUCUGGAGGAGAAGACCGCUCACUGCACUUGCCCAGGCUACAGAGAGCAGCGUCCUCACACCAUCCUCUACAACAUCUUGAGCUGGAGGGACAGCAGCCGCCUCAACGACAACAAACUCAACCAUAAUGCCACAGUGCACAGCUGUAACUGCGAGCAGAGGAGGGCUGCAUGCCUGAAGAACCCUAAAGCCUCCUGUCAGAUUGCAUCCAGCGUGCUGGUCAAAACCGUCUGCUUUAUGAGAAGCUUACCGUCUUUCAGUCACCUUCCGUCUGGAGAUCAGGUGGCCUUGCUAAGAGACUGCUGGGUUCCCCUCUUUGUUCUGGGGCUUGCUCAAGAAAAGAUAGAGUUUGAAGUGACGGAUGCACCAGAUUCAAGUAUGCUGCGACAGAUCCUGCUCGGACAGGGACAGACGGAGAAGGAGGCGGAAGAGAGAAGACCACAGCCGACUCUUGCUCAGGUUCACAAACUCAAAAGUUGCUUGCACCGACUCUGGAACCUGGAUCUCAGCCCGAAGGAAUACGCAUACCUGAAGGGUGCUAUAUUGUUCAACCCAGAUGUUCAAGCGUUGAGAGCUUUGCCAUUCAUUGAAGGCCUUCAGUGGGAGGCUCAGCGAGCUCUCCAAGGAGUCGUCCUGCUUCUGCACCCGGAGGACACCGGCCGCUUCAGCCGCAUCCUUCUAGCAGCCUCUGCCAUUCAAACUGUCAGCCACAACUUGGUCACAGAGCUGUUUUUCAAGCCGCUGAUCGGCAACGCUGACCUAUUUGAUUUGUUAAGAGAGAUGUUGUUUGUCCAGCAUGAUAACAGAUGAAACUGUGAAACUGUGACUGUAUGAGUGAGUGUUUUGUAUGGUCUUAUGGAAUUUUAUAUUGU